AUGGACAUGCAAUAUCUUCGAUGUUGGAUGACAAGUGUCCUUAUAGGUCUAAUAAUAAUCCUGGUUGACUUACUUGUUUAUAAAAUCGGCUACUGUACCACUGUUAAUCAAACUUUUGUUAGAUAUGUGAAAGAGUUUUGCAUAACCGUAACAUUAACUGUUAGAACUGUGAUGGUCAUUACGAAAAUAGCUACUAAUGAACAAAAUACCUGGCCAAGAUAUACUGCAAGAUUUUUACGUCGGGCGCUGAAUUACGAGCGCUCCCCUCGUUUUAAUAGUAAUGGUUUGAUGAAAACAUCACGUCAUCCUACACAUGAUACGUACAAUCUAAAUGGUACCGUCACCACAUAA